UGCCAAUCCUCACACUCUGCCCUACCUUACGUCAAGUGAGCUGCACAGUCACGCACAGUGUGAUUGUUCCCCGGAUUUCUCCUGCAUAAUCACCUAGUCACAGCUCGGAACGAAUACAGUAGCUAAGUAGACACGCUGCCGGCUGCGCGCACGCAUUCAAAGAGACCCACGCCGAUUGUUCUCCGGAAUGGGCAACCCAUGAGCCCUAGACUGAGCCUCAUCUGUCUCUCCAUGUCUAUUGUACGCGCCGCCGAGUUCCGGUGAGUAACGAGGGCGCGCGCCUAUCGAGGUAAUUGGGAGAAUGGCAGACCUGUACGGGAGCAACACCAUCGGCAACAGCAGCGUCAACAAUAACAAUAGCGACAACCUUGGACAUCACCUCCGACCCGACAGACCACCGACAGCCGCUGCCACCACCGCCGCCGCCUCAACGACGGCAAACACAACCGCAGACCUGGCCGCCGCCGCAGCUACCACCGUGACAGCAUCAGCCGCAGCCUCGUCCGUGUCUCCGAAACCGACAAAGCGGUCCUCGGCGACGACAUGUGUCACCUGCCGGGCCCGUAAGGUCCGCUGCGACGGCCGACGCGACAUUUGCAGCAACUGCGAACGCCUCGGUUUCUCUUGUACUUACGAAGACCCAUCUUCCGAUGCUAAUGGUGUUGCUGCCGCUCCCACCUUUCCCUUACCAAGACGCCGUGUCCGACAAGCAUGCCAGAGCUGUCACUCACGUAAAGCUCGGUGUAGUGGUCACACACCGGCUUGUGACCGAUGUCGUACCCAAGGCAUCGAGUGCGUCUACAGAGCUUCCAAGCGCACCCGGCUGAGCGUCAAUCCCCCGGGUCUCGUCGACCAAGUAGUCAGAUCACCGACUUCGUCGAACUCGGCACCGGCUACCAACCGUGACACUCGAAACCGUCGGUCAUUGUCCAGGGAUGAUGUGGCACACGAUUCCGAUGCCGCCAUGGCCGAUGCCAUGGCGUCCAACACCCCCAGCACCUUUAAUCAUGAUCUCUCGGCACCUGAUCCUCAGUUCGAGUCUCUGAUCAGUCGAGCUCUGGACAAUUUCUUUCGCCAUGUUCAUCACAUUCCCAUGUUGUCUUUCCUUCACCGGGCCUCUCUCAUGCAGCGGCAUAAUGUUGGCGGUUUAGACCGACCGCUGCUGUUGGCUCUAAUUGGCAUCACGAGCAUGCUCACUGACCUUGGGCCGGGAACGCGAGAGUAUGGCGAGAAAUGUAUUGAUGAGUCUGAGGGUCUCAUCUUGAAGGGCCUCGAGAAUGCGUCAACGAUCAAAGUGCAAACCCUUGCUCUCAUAAUCAAGUAUCGGAUCUUGACACGACGCUUUUCGAGCGCUUUUAUGCUUGCUGCUACCGCGGCCAGAUUCGCUACGGCUCUUCGACUCAACUACGACAACCCAGAUCUGUGCUUCCUCGCCCAGGAAUCAAGACGCCGUCUCAUGUGGGCAUUAUUCAUGAUUGACCAAGGCAUGGCUGGAGGAUACCGCGAUCUAACCCUGUGGACGCCCGAGACGAUUCACAUUUCGCUCCCUUGCAACGAGAGAGACUUCGAGUUCGAUCUUGCGCCGCCAUCGCUACGACCGCUGGUCCCUAGUCCCGAUGAGUCCGAGAAUGACGAUAUUGGCAGCUUAGCAUUACAUGUGCGCAUUCUCUGGCUCCGCGGCAGAAUCCUCAAGUUCGCCAAGCGAGCCUCAAAUUGUUCCAACGACGACCUUGGCCGCCUUCAGGAGCAACUCCAGUCGUUUGCAAAGGAGCUCUCAGACUUUGCUGAGCGCUUGCCUGUGUCGUUCCGCUGGUCUGACAACAGCCUGCGGUUGAGAGCAUAUUCUCCACGCCUUUGCGUCUUCAUCAUGAUUCAUGUCUGGUUGCGGCAGUGCAACUGUGAUCUCUUCAGGAUAGGACUUGUUGGGCUUCGCGAUUCUUUGACUCGAUCAGCUGCUGAACGGCUGGGACCAGAGUUCAUCGCUGGUUGUCAGCGCCAGUGCUACGAGCAUGCGAUGGAAAUGUCAAAUAUGUUCACCUCCAUCAGAGCGCUGGACCAUUACCCCGUUGCGGACCUCGAUAUGCCGGUGUGCGCAUAUCAGUGUAUCCGUAUGCUUUACUACAUCUACCAUUUGAACGCGGAAGAGUACGGUCUCACGCCAGAGAUCCUUCGUAAAAAGGCUUCGGUUUGUCUCGAGGUGACCAAGGGCUGUUGCUCUGGAACAGCUGCAGUCUCAAUUCAAGCCGAUCUUCAACGACUCAUGGACCACGGUCUCUCGAUACAGGCUACCCCUAGUCGGCUGCUUAGUGAAGAGCCCCAGGACGAGAGAAAUGGCAACGGUGCCAAGCGCAUUCGCCUUGCUCGCGCGAAGCAGGUGCAGUUGGCGGACGACCCAGACAGAGGCGCGCCGGCGGCCGACGAGCUCACCAAUCGACCAUUUGGCAUUGGUGCUUGGGAAGAUAUACAGGUUCCCGAAUCCAACAAGCCAGACGAGCAGGCGCCUGUGCCACCACAGCCCACUGCGCUCGGCUCACUGGAAGUCAAUAAUGCAUUCGAGGGAGCACUUGACAGUCUUGAUUUCAACAUGGAACCCAUGGGGCUGGAUUCUUUGGCAUGGUUCUCAAAUGAGUGGGCACAAGGCGAUUUCCAAGGCGAGUUCUAGUGCCGGAGAGGUACACGGGGAUGUACACCGAAAUCCAUGGGCCCUGGAGCAAACUCUAAAGAGAUAUUUGAUGCAUACGAUUGGCCAUUGUAUAAACACUUCAAGC